UCUGCGAUUAGAUGAGCGCCAAUGGCGAUCGAUCGGAUCCUUCAUGCUUUAGCCAACGAUAGUGAGCGGAUCCAUGUGGUCUCGAUCUCCAUUUUCGUCUUCGUGCUCUCUUUGUGCAUCGUUGUUGGGCAUUUGCUGAGAGAAUGGAGAUGGGUUAAUGAGUCGAUCACCGCCAUUUUCAUAAUCCUGGUAUUGAGCAAAGGUACAAGUUCUCACAUUUUACAGUUUGACGAGGAAUUGUUCUUUAUAUAUCUUCUUCCACCAAUAAUCUUCAAUGCCGGUUUUCAAGUGAAAAAGAAGCGAUUCUUUCACAACUUCCUGCCGAUAACGCUGUUUGGAGUGGCUGGUGUUUUUUUUUCAUUUGCAAUCAUUUCAGCUGGCUGUUGGUGGCUCUUCCCGAAGAUCGGUUUCAAAGGGCUUGAUAUACGAGAAUAUUUAGCUCUUGGAAUAAUAUUUUCUUCAACAGAUACUGUCUGCACCCUGCAGGUUCUUCAUCAAGACGAAACCCCUCUUCUUUACAGCUUGGUUUUUGGGGAAGGAGUAGUAAACGAUGCUACAGCAGUAGUUCUUUUCAAUGCAAUUCAAAAGUUUGACGUCUCUAAAAUACAUGGAUGGGCUGCAGUCUAUUUUGUCAGGGAUUUUCUUUACUUAUUUUCUACUAGCACUGUCUUGGGCAUUGCAACCGGACUUCUGACAGCCUAUGUUCUUAAAACCCUAUAUUUUGGAAGGCAUUCAACCGACCGUGAAAUAGCUAUAAUGAUCUUAAUGGCAUACUUGUCUUACAUGCUGGCAGAGCUAUUGCAACUUAGUGGGAUCCUUACUGUCUUCUUUUGUGGGAUUGUCAUGUCACAUUAUGCAUGGCAUAAUGUGAGCGAAAACUCAAGAAUCUCGACAAGGCACAUCUUUGCUACACUGUCAUUCAUUGCCGAGAUUUUCAUCUUUCUGUAUGUGGGGAUGGAUGCCCUUGCAAUCGAGAAAUGGAAGGUGACAAAGACAAGCUUUAAAACAGCCCUAGCCAUCAACUGUAUCAUUGUUAUUCUGGUUUUGGUGGGGCGUGCUGUGUUUGUGUUUCCCCUCUCCACUUUAUCCAACUUUCUCAGCUCAAAUUCCGAAGGGUCUCAUAUUACAUUUAGACACCAGGUAAUAAUUUGGUGGGCUGGCCUCAUGAGGGGAGCCGUGUCUGUUGCUCUGGCAUUCAAUCAGUUCACGAUCUCUGGUGUUACACGGGAUCCAGAUCAUGCAACUAUGAUUACCAGCACCACCGUUGUGGUACUCUUUAGCACGCUGAUGUUUGGUAUGCUCACAAAACCACUAGUAAAAGCCCUGGCUCCCCACCGUGCACCUGCACGUGCGUACAGUGGGAGCCCUUGCAAAGACGAAAUCACCCUUCCACUUCUCCCCACAGAAGACUACCCCUCUUCCCCCCUUCUGAAAGCCAAGAGGAGCCUCAACAUGCUGCUGGAGAGACCAGCACAUACCAUUCAUAUCUAUUGGAGGAAGUUUGACGAUACUUACAUGAGACCAGUUUUCGGUGGACCUAACCGAGACUCCAAUUGAGGAAAAAAGGGCAUUAUAUCCAUAACCACCGGCAGGCUCGUUGGUCUAGAUGUAUAUACGGUAAUUUCAUGCUGAGAGGGUUUGGCUGCUAAAACUUGGCAGCCUGUAGUAUCCUUCAUUUCUUUCCCAUGCUUUCUUGUACAUAUUUCAUCGUAGUGAGAGGUAUACAAAGUUGAGUAGUAGGUUAUGGAUGAGGGAUUGUAUUUAGGCUAAUUCAAUGUUCAUAUUGUUGGUAUCUUUUCUGUCUCGGAUUAGCA